GAAAGUGCCUAGGCCGAAGAAGUCCGACCCAUUGUCCGCCAUUUAUUAGUUGAUAAAAAGAGUUUCUGGUGUUACCGGAGCUUUCUUUGUGCUUCGGCUGAUAGAGAGGAGGAAGAAGCGGGAGUUACAUACGACGAGACGACAGAGGAGGAGGAACGAUAGUAACCACCACGGCGGCGGAGGUGGGAGGUGGACGGAAGAGGAAAACGAGAAUGGGAGUGGAUUACUACAAGGUUCUACAGGUGGACCGUGGAGCCAAGGAAGAUGAUUUGAAGAAAGCAUAUCGGAAGCUGGCUAUGAAAUGGCAUCCGGAUAAGAACCCUAAUAGCAAGAAGGAAGCCGAAGCUAAAUUCAAGCAAAUCUCCGAAGCUUACGAUGUUCUAAGCGAUCCACAGAAGAGGGCAAUUUAUGAUCAGUACGGAGAGGAAGGUUUGAAGGGGCAGGUGCCUCCACCAGGCGCGGCGUCGCAUGGCGGGUUCGGACAUGAGGCGGGUUCGGGUGCUUUUCGGUUCAACCCGCGAAGUGCAGAUGAUAUAUUCUCGGAGUUUUUCGGGUUUUCGAGUCCCUUCAAUGGGAUGGGGGACAUGGGUGGUGGCUCAAGAGCUGGACCUUCAGGGUUCCCUAGGGGCAUGUUUGGGGAUGAUAUCUUCUCUUCCUUUAGGAAUGCUGCCGGCGAGUCCUCCGGUAUUCCACGGAAAGGCGCUGCUAUAGAGCGGACAUUGCCGUGUAGUUUGGAGGAAUUGUACAAGGGCACCACCAAAAAGAUGAAGAUUUCGAGGGACGUUAUUGAUCACAAUGGGAGACCAUCGACUCUUGAGGAAAUUCUUACAAUAGAGAUCAAGCCAGGUUGGAAGAAAGGAACAAAAAUCACAUUUCCAGAAAAAGGUAACGAACAACGUGGGGUGAUACCCUCUGACCUGGUAUUCAUCAUCGACGAGAAGCCUCACCCAGUGUACAAGAGAGAUGGCAACGACCUAGUAAUCACUCAGAAGAUAUCUCUAGUGGAAGCACUCACAGGCUACACAGCACAGGUGACAACCCUUGACGGGAGAGCUCUCACUGUCCCCAUCAACGCCAUCAUAAGCCCAACGUAUGAAGAGUCUGUCAAAGGUGAGGGGAUGCCCAUCCCAAAGGAGCCUUCCAGGCGCGGGGCUUUAAAAAUUAAGUUCAAUAUCAAGUUCCCCAGUAAGCUGACAGCAGAGCAGAAAACUGGCAUCAAGCGGUUAAUCUCAUAGAGAGAAAGAGCUUUGCUUUUAAAUGGAUGGUAAUGGCAAUCGGUACCAUAUCAUCUCUUGCCAGACUUGUGUGAACUUUGCAUAUUUAUUUUCUUCGCCGGGAAGGAAAUCGGUAUUCCUGGAACUGGGAAUUAUGUGACAUUAGUUUCUGCUAGAGUUGGAAAGUUAUUCUUGGUGGUUCAUCCUUAGGAUCCUCUCUUCUUCACAGGUAACCUUUUUAAUGUCAAAUUGUUUUUGCCACUGGUACUGCUGAUUUCUAAAUUAAUUGGUUUUUUGCUUUGCUUCCUUGUGGUAUCUUUUGACUCCCUGUAAAAAUGUUUGAACCGUUAGCUCAUGCUGGCCUUUGUAAUAAAGGAACUUGUAUCUUUUUUCUGAGGCA